AUGGCGAAUCUAAGCUGCAGCAACUCAUCUGGAGAGUUGACUCCAACGAGCUCUCUCGAAUCCAGCACCGCUCCGUCUUCACCUCCCGCUUGGAACCGCCCAACCCCGACUUUCAAGCAAGAACAGCUCAGCAGAGAAGAACGGUUCUCAAGAUGGCGGCCAAAGUACCAUUUGAUGGCAAAGGAAGGCUGGAUGAAUGACCCUUGUGCUCCUGGCUACGAUCCUGCAACUGGGCUAUAUCACCUAUCCUUCCAGUGGAAUCCAAACGGCACCGAUUGGGGAGACAUUGCUUGGGGAUCCGCGACUUCUCCAGAUAUGAUCCAUUGGAAUCUAAGAGAUCAGCCUUGUCUCUCGCCUGAGACAUCUUACGAUAACAAAGGCGUAUUCACUGGUUGCUUUAUCAAAGCUCGAGAUGAAUCGAUCACGUAUGUGUAUACAUCUGUCAACCAUCUACCUAUACAUCACACUCUGCCGCACACGAAAGGCUCGGAGUCUUUGAGCCUCGCAAAGUCCCACGAUGGCGGGAAGACUUUCGAGAAGAUAGCUGGGAAUCCGGUCCUUCCAUCUGAACCUGCGGGGCUUGAUGUGACGGGCUGGCGAGAUCCCUAUGUAUCUGCCUGGCCCAGCAUGGCAAAGUUUCUCGGCUACAACGAGGACGACACUUUGUUCGGCAUCAUUUCUGGUGGCAUCAGGGAUGUGACACCGACCACUUUCCUAUAUGCAAUCGACGCAAACGACCUGACGCAGUGGCAAUACCUAGGCCCACUCGCCAACUUCGGGCACAACUUGAGACCUUCACGGUGGUCUGGUGACCUGGGCAAGAACUGGGAAGUGACAAACUUCACUACAGUUCAUGACAGCAACGACUCAAGAAUACGUCGGGAUUUCCUGAUAAUGGGAACCGAAGGUUGCAUACCAGAGCGGCGUCCAUCAGCAGCAGACCCAGCGUCGUUGAACCCUUCUCGUCCUGCUCGUGGCCAGUUAUGGAUGUCAGGCAUGCUACAGAAACCUUCAAAGCCCUCUAAUGGUCCCGUCAACUUGACCUAUAGCUUUGGUGGCCAUCUCGACCACGGAUGCUUGUACGCAGCCAGCUCCUUUCACGACCCUGUAUCUCAGAAACAAAUUGUCUGGGGCUGGAUCACGGAAGAAGAUCUUUGCGAUGAUUUUCGCCGUGCGCAGGGCUGGAGCGGCGUUCUGUCGAUGCCACGAGAGCUGCGAAUACAGACAUUCCGCCAUGUAGUAGGGGCGUCUGCAUCUUCGUUGGACUCCAUCACUUCGAUUGAAAGACAGAUAGACGAUCGAGGUGCAUACACCAUCCGCACCCUUGCGAUCCAGCCUUAUCAGCCCCUGACAAGUGCACUUCGCAAUGGCCCAUCUGUUUGUCGAGCGACGUUGGCGAGUACCGAGCUCAACUCUGGACCCUUCAAUCCGCGGUUCCGAGCAGGUGAUGUCCAGACAACGCAGUGGGAACUAGACUGUGUCUUCAAAGUCUCGAAGCGCACCCAACAUCUUGGAUUAAGCAUUGAUCACGCUGGUGACUACUCUCGCGCAACUACACUGUUGUUCGAUCAGGCCAGCGAGACCUUCGUGAUCAACAGGCCUGCCUUCCCGAUUCUCAACUCCUCCGAGUUCAUCAACAGCGAACCAGAGCGAGCUCCACACACUCUGUUCACAACACGGGAUCCUGUGACUGGGAAAGUGAGCACAGAGUACUUACACAUUCGUGCUUGGAGAGACAACUCCGUCCUUGAAGUGUUUGUUAAUGGCAGGACGGCUAUCACGACAAGGCUGUACGCUGCUGAAGAGACAUUUGGCAUGCGCUUCUUCGCAGACGAUCAUAUUGACGGCAUCGUUGACGUACCAAGCGAGUUGGUGUCUGCGACUAUCUGGGACAACAUUGGACUUACUUGA